AAGAUAUCGCUAAUGUUGCUGGUGUCUCCGAAGCCACCAUCAAAGCUGCCUAUAAGUCCUUGUAUACAGAGAAAGAAAAAUUGAUUGAUUUGGAAGCGUUAAAGGGAAAACCCAACUGUGAAGGCAUUUCGUUUGAUGAGCUAGUAUUACCUUAAGCACUUUCUUUUUUUUUUAUUUUUUUUUUUUUGAAACAUCCUCCUGUUGUUUCUCCGAGCUUCAAAUGAUGACUAUUCUACUUUCUUUUUUCUUUUUCUUUUUUCUUUUCUUUUAAUUAAAAAUAAAAUCAUGGUUCGUGUGUACUGUGACGAAAUUACUAGUAAACUAAAGGCGUCACAACCGGGCAAAAGAAUGCCUUUGUUGUGUUCUGUAAACCGUUCUUUGGGCUGGAGAAUUAUAUCCGAAAACUACGAAGAACAUGAAAAAGGUAUUCGAACUGAACAUUUUGAUUUCAACAAGUAUGGGAUCAAGGAAGAUAAUUUGACAGCAAUGGCAAUUUCCGACGGAACCGGUAUUAUUGCUGUUGGCUCGGGCGGAAAAGAUGGAUAUUUAUAUUUCCUGUUUGACAGAUCGGCCGAAAGAGACUCGGGAUCACGGCUAAGAUUCAAACCUGUUCAUAAGGAAGUCAUUGGGGAACCCAUUCACUCUCUCGAUUGGUCUGGAAAUCACCUGCUUGUUGGAACAGUCAAAGGAGUUACAAAGUUAUACAAUGUAAAUUACGAUGAUAAUUUUGAAAUAUCAUGUAUUGGUCAAUACGUCAAUCCUACAUCUGGGACUUCGAUGUAUGCUCCUUUAUAUGUAGUUAACUCGCAUGUGAAGUCAGCAGAAUUUGCACCCAAUUAUUCAUCCGUUCAUACAAACAAUGUGGGUGAAACAACGCAUUUCUUAACAACAACCAUGAAUCAAGUCUCUGUCUGGGAUUCUUUACAAGAAAGCUCCCCUGUACAACAAUACAGAGGUAAAGAUUCAGUGAAUUGCGCAAGCUGGUCACCAAACGACCCGCACUCAUUGAUUGUAUGUGGUGGUCAAGAGAAAAAAUUAGUCAUUAUUGAUACCCGAGUCUCUGAAAAUGAUGGUGUUGUCUGGUCUGUUGAAGAAGCGCACGAUAGACCUAUCCGAGAUGCCAAGAUUAAUCCUUUCAUACCUUAUUGGUUAGCUUCCGCAGGUGAAGACUCCAUCGUGAAUAUUUGGGAUUUGAGAUCUUCCUACCAUGGGCCCGUUGCUAGAAUCGAUGGUAUGAUGGGUAUCGUCACUUCGCUUACUUGGUCCAAUCUUCGUCCUGAAAAUAUUGGUACCACAUCUACAGGCGGUUUGAUGAGAUACUGGACAUUAUGUCCUGAAUGCAUCCCUAUUUGGGACACCUUUUAUCGCGUGGCCACUUUCGAUAAACAAGAUACAUUACCCAUCUCACACGAAUACGAAUCAGACAAUAUAUGGCUCACGAUAGAUCAGCGUCGUAAACGUAAAGAGUCAAAACAUUGGUUUUCAACUGUGGAUGAAGAUAUACCAAAAUCAACCAUGCUAUUGGCUGGAGCCAUGGGGUUGGGUGAAUGGGGUACACCAGAAAAUGGUAUCCAAUAUAAGGGUGAAGUCAUUGUGGCUUCAAAAGGUGCGGCUGUAUCAAUUAAACCUUCAAAGCUGAGACCCAGUGUGUAUUACAGUAUCACAAGUGGAGGCCAAAUGGCCGCGCAUACCGUCUUAUUUGAUGCUGCUAGUGUCAUGCGUAAUCGUCAUAGAUAUGAUUCAGAAACUAAAACCACUAUUGCAGCACAAAUCGAAGACGAUAUAUAUCGUCGACGUAUAACAGAGGCACAACUUAAAUUGGAAAUAUUAAAAACCACACCGCAACUAAACCAACAAGCUGAAAGACACCGUGAUGAAGAGGUUGCAUUUGUCACAGACUGCUUAAAGGUGCGAAAGACAAUCAAUGGUACAGAUUGGGACUUUAAUUCAUUGCCAGAUAGAUCCAGUAGAAGAGCAUCUCGUCGACUUUGGAAUCGUGAGGAUAUGUGGGACAUGUCUAUUCAUACAUUUAAAGCAGAUCUCAAAUACUGGAGCUAUCGUAUUCCACCUGGAUAUAAUAACAAGUAUAAAUUUCCCCUGGACAUGGAGCCUAUUAUUUCUCCUUAUUUGCUCGUUGAAGAAUUAGAUACAAGAAUCCCUUUGCCGCUUCCAGACGAUAGGCGAUCCAUUUACUCGGCACAAAAACCAUCAGAUGCACCUCAUAAACCAAAGCCAGAAGGAAUAGUGCGUGAUGAGAAACUGACAAAUGCAUUUCCUACAGCUUUUCUUGUAGAUAAUAGUACCUCGUCAGAUGUUGGGGCUGGUAUCAUACCACCCAUCAAGGAUAGAAGAAAUAUGGGUCAUGUAUCACAGAUUAUCACCAGUAGACAUGAAGGUAUUGAAGGUAGUCCGUUUACACCACCUUUUAGUCCUACCACGGGCAAUGGCAUGAUCUCACCGCCUAUUUUAACACCUACGCCUUAUUCACCUACUAUGAUGGGACCCAUAUCACCUAUAUUGUCACCUACACCACCCAGCUUGGCUCGCACAUCGCCAAUUUUAGGCACCUCACCACCCGGCUUGAAUCGCACAUCGCCAAUUUUAGGUACCUCGCCACCUCUCAUAAGACGCUCUAGAACAUCACCUUCCAUAUCCAACUCACCACCUUUAUUAACCCAAGUACGUACAGUGCCAGCAAUGGGAUCCUCACCACAUGGACGCACUCCACCUGGUUUAGCUCAUACACCUAUUUGGAACAAUACAAAUCCAUUUGAAACCAGCGCUAAUCCAUUUGCUAUCCAUGCAGUUGGCACUGAAGCACCGGAAGUUGCCCAUGUACGACGCGAUCCAAUAUCCACGAAUCCAUUUACAACACAAGUACCUGCUACUGAGUUGCCAGAGCUCGUCAAUUUACGCCACGAUCAACACUCCACUAACCCGUUUGAAAGCGAUUCUGUAAGCGAUGAUCAUGUCAGUGUUCAUAGCGCCCAUUUGGGAGGAAUGGCAAGUCGAAGAAAUAGCUUGUUACAGGCCGGUCGACGUUGGAGCUUGACUUUAUCGCAUAGUAGUAGUUCUGAUAAGAAGAAAUACAAGUUUAAUCCUCUCAAGAUGAUAUCGCGACGAAGCAGCAUGACAGAAUCGUCAAAGGAAAGUAAGAGUAAGGAAAGGCCCACUUUAUUCACAGCUGUUAAAAAUGGUUUAAAGAGAGAUUCUUCUGGCCGUCGAAACGCUCUUCAUGGUCCGUUUUAA